AUACUCCUAUAUCUUUCAUCCCUGUUUUUUAUAUUUUAUUUUGUAUUCUUGUGUGUUUAGUUUAUUGGUGCUGCUACAAAUUUCCCCUUGGGGAUUAAUAAAGUAUAUAUCUAUCUAUCUAUCUAUCUAUCUAUCUGUCUAUCUAUUCUAUCCUCAACACGCACCAGGGACCGUACACGGACGGUCUAUCCUGAGCCCUCUGUUGCCCCUCCCCUAAAGAGCAAGACACCGCCUGCUCGGCCUCUUCCGGGUACCGACCUGUACACGUACGUCAGAACAUAACAAGAGAGUACAGUUGAGGGCGCACUUAAAGUCGCACUUUAUAUCUCGUAUUUGCAUUGGAAGAGAAGCCUGCGUGAUUUGUGCAAAAAUGCAAAACAAACAAUAGAAAAUAGACCACUACAGUCAACAAAAAAAGAAAGAAAAGUAAUAAGGAUCUGUUGUAUCCCAGUCUUGCCAAGGAGAGGAGUAGGCACAAGAAGAAGAGGCUGGUGCAGAGUCCAAACUCCUACUUCAUGGAUGUCAAGUGCACAGGUUGUUACAAGAUCACCACCAUCUUCAGCCAUGCUCAGACAGUGGUACCUUGUGGAGGCUGCUCUUUAAUCCUCUGUCAACCAGCAGGGGGGAAAUGCAGACUAACUGAAGGCUGUGCCUUCAGAAAGAAAUAUUCCUGAACAGAAAAUGUGCAAAACCCACAUGAGGGGCAGCUGGAAGAAUGGACCAUGGGUUUAGCUGUUAAAUCCUUCGUAAAUAAAUGUACCUGUAUCUUGAAAAUGUGGAGUGACAUGUUUAUGUUAAAUAAGUAAAACUUUAGAAUUUUUCGAAAUGCACAAAGUCCAAUGAGUCAUGAUUUCUGUAAAACAUUUAUUAAGUUGACAUGGGGGGUGGGGUUGGUGAACAAAAUAUUUCAAAAUGAGCUUGGUCAUGACUGAAGCGCUUUUCAUGGCCCUGUUGACUCCUUGAUGGCCAUCACAAACAAAAAUAAAACAUUUAAAGAUUGUA